AUGAAUUUUGCUCCGUUCACUGGCCACAUACCGACGGCGGCGGCGAUACCUACUAUCCACCAGUUCGCCGCAAAGUUCGGAUAUGAAAACAGUGGCAGCACCUCUGGCGGAGUGCUGCAGGAGACGCGGUACCAAGCCACGGGCACUGGUGGCGGGGCUGUGCAGUUUGCAGUCGCGCCUGGCACAGGGACUGUGGCAGUGGAUGGGGUCAAGUUCCGGCAGGCGGAGAGCGUGGUGGUAGUCAGCAGUGCGCAGCCCGGCGCGGUGGCACUGGCCGGCCUUGCGCCCAUACACACAGUGAACACUGGCGUCAAAUACCAAACUAUAUCGGCUUCCUCGUCUGUGAACUUGGGCAACAUCGCGUAUGGAGGGCAGGCCAGCUACGUGCAGGCUGAGACGGUGCACCAGCAGCUCAAGGCCGAGCAACGGCCGGAGAAGCGGGAGUACCGGGAGGAACUACACCACGACAUCAUGGCCACCAUGAUGCAACAACACCAAGGAAUUAAUGUGGCGCAAGCAACGCCCUUGCAACAGGGCACCCAACAGCUGCUUGUAGUGCUGCACGAGCCGAAGGAAGCUGCAGCGCUAGCUCGCGCCAUCAAGCAGGAAGGCAGGAAUGAUCGCGCCGCCGCCACCGCUCCCACAGAGUUCAUAAUAUCCUGUGCGUCAGGCAUCGGUGACGUCACAGACAGUACCACCUGGCAAACGCUGGGCGGGGGAGUGGCGGACUACCUCUCCGCCCUCCCACUCCCCCUGCACCACCUCCUCAAAUAUUCCACUCCAGCUAACGUGGUGGAAAGUAAGAGAGAGGAACAGCCCACCCUAGUGACCACUGUCAAUGCGAACGCGUUGAAUGCUAUGCCUACCAUAACCGCGAUGCCAGCGAACGCGGUGAACAGCGUAGUGGUACAAACUUCAACGAUAGUGAACCAGACGGUGAACCAAAACGCUAACACUGUUGUUGUCUCGAAAAAGAAGAAGAAAAAGAAAUCUAUGAAGGAAAAGAAACCACGACCGAAGCCUGGAGAAAUACGACUUACUACUGCUCUAGAUGGUAGCACAUUGUACUGCUGUCCGGAGUGUCACAUGGCGUACCCGGAGCGAGAUUUAUUGGAACAACAUCUAGUUGGACACACCAUGGAGAGGAGGUUCAUCUGCGACAUAUGUAACGCGGCAUUGAAGCGCAAGGACCACUUGACCCGCCACAAACAGUCCCACAACCCGGACAGGCCCCACGUGUGCUCCGUCUGUCUGAAGGCGUUCAAGAGGAAGGAACAACUCACGCUGCACUUUGUCAUACAUUCCGGCGAGAAGAGACACGUCUGUAAUGAGUGUGGGAAAGGAUUCUACCGCAAGGACCAUUUACGCAAGCACACACGGUCUCACAUAGCUCGGCGAGUGAAGGCCGAGCUCUCUCAACAAGGGUCUUCGUCCCCACCGCUCUCCCACGCUGUUCCCGCGCCAGCCCCGGAUCCUUCCUGA